AACAACGAUUGCCCCAACCCCCUCAAUAAGCAUAUUGCAUUGCAUAAUAUUCUCUUCUUUAUCUUGUAAUAAGGCAAAACAUGCACCUCAAUGUCUCUAUAAAGAAACAUGAACAAAAUCAUGCAUCCUUCAUCACUAGCUACUAAUCAAAACUUGCCAACUAAGUGAGGAAGACGAGAGAAAAAGUCAUUAAGAAAAACCCAAAAAAAGUCCAAACUAAAUUAUGGGUUCUGCAGCACAGCCAAAGCUUCCUGUCCUAGACUUCACCCUGGAAAAUCUGAAGCCUGGUACAAGUUGUUGGGCGAAAGCCUGUGGUGAAGUUAGGCAGGCACUUGAAGAAUACGGAUGUUUUAUAGUAGAGUACAACAACAUACUAUCUCCAAAACUUCGUGACGGGGUCUUCAAUUCAUUGAAGGAGUUAUUUGAUCUCCCUACUGAAACGAAAAUGCAAAACAAAUACCAGAAGCCCUUGAAUGGUUAUGUCGGACAGAUUGCCAAACUCCCUCUACAUGAAAGCAUGGGAAUUGACAACGCAACUUGUCUAGAGGCAACUCAGGAUUUCACUACUCUAAUGUGGCCUGACGGGAAUGAUAACUUCUGUGAAUGUGUUUAUGAGUAUGCAAAGCUGACAGCAGAGAUAGAUCAGAUGGUGACGAGAAUGAUAUUUGAAAGCUAUGGCGCAGAGAAGUACCACGACUCUUAUGUAGAGUCCACAAAUUACCUUCUUAGACUCUUGAAAAAUAGGUUACCAAAAGGAGACGAACCUAAUUUAGGGUUUAUCACUCAUACCGACAAGAGCUUCACAACCAUACUUCAUCAAAAUCAUAUUAAUGGUCUGGAAGUGGAUACUAAAGAUGGUCAGAAGAUUAAUAUCGAGUUUUCGCCUUCAUCCUUCGUAGUCAUAGCCGGGGAUGCCUUAAUGGUAUGGAGCAACGACAGAAUCAUAUCACCGAGCCAUAGAGUGAUCAUUAAUGGGAAAGAAGAUAGAUACUCAAUGGGGCUAUUUGCUUUCAACAGUGGAAUAAUAAGAGUGCCUGAAGAACUUAUAGAUAAGGAUCAUCCAUUGAUGUACAAGCCAUUAGAUCAUAUUGGAUUGCUCUAUUUCUAUCGUACGGAUGAGGGUUACAAAUCCAAGUGCCCUGUUAAGGCCUUCUGUGGUGUCUGAGAGAAAGAUGUGUAUUUCUUUUUUUUGUACUUUGAAAUAAAUGGUUUGCUAAUUAAUGUGAAACUCUUGAACUGUUUGCUUUUA